CCUCACUUCCUCCCGCGCUUCCGUCUCCGGGACGCGCCGGCUCCCACUGCUGCUGCUGCUGCCGCCGCCGCCGCCGCUCGGAGGCCGGAGGCGCCCGCCGGGCGGUGUCAUGAUGAGGAGCUUCUCAGAAACAGAAGUGGAUGAUGAGUGGAGAUGAAGAAAUCAUACAUUUAAGAAGUUGGCUCAAGUUUCCGUUACAGGCAUGGAAAGUUUCUGAGACCAAGCCAUGCGAGAAGAACAUGAGUAAAGAAGAGGGAGAUGUAGACCCAGACUUUCUAGAAGGGAUUGCAGGAUUUGAGAGGACGCUGCACAAACGUCACUGCCCACCCCCAGCAGAAUUCUUUGCUUAAGAGGAGGCAGAUUUUCACCUACUGAAUAAGAAUCUGGACUCGCAUUGAUGCUUCUCAGUGUUGUCUUAUGUGCUCUCCUGUGCCGGAGUGAAUUGUAUCCCCGGACUGCCUGGUUGGUGGAAACAGAAGGUUGAUAGGGACUAGGAAAAGGAAGCAUCCUCUGGAAGUUUUGGGAGCUGACAGUGACAGUCCCUCUCUGCAAUGUUAAACUGGACGGGAAUCCUUGGAAAGCUAUCAACUUCAGUCUUGUUUCCAUAUGAAGUAGUAGCAUGAAGUAUGCUUAAACACAUUGUGAAUGUGAUAAAAUAGGAACUGAUUGAUACAAAACCUGCUUCUGCUGAUGUGGGAAAAAAUAGCACUCUGUGUUGACAGAGUUAUAACAAGCUGUUUAGUGAACAACGAAAUGCAGUCUGAGGGGGGUGUCUGGAUCAUCUGCCAGUGAGGCAGAGGGACGUGCUGAGCAUUUCCAAAUAUCAGAUUUUUCUCGCUGAGGUGCAAGUUUCUAAUUCCACUUAAAAGGCUUCAACCCGAACCUUGACAGAACAUCGCAGUCCUACCAGUUUGGAAGCAAAAUAUGGAAUGUGUUUCACUGCUGACCGAAGGCAGCCAAAUGAACAGUAUUUAUAGUAGUUCGAAAAUCAGCAGUUAGCAGUUUCUUCACAUUCUAACACUACCCAGCACUUUCCAGAGAGAACUCAUUGUUUACAAGAAAUCUGCUUUCCAAAUCCGUUGCGGUGCCCUCCAGCCUUGACUAUUAACUAUUUGCAAAGGGGAAGCAAAUCUGCAGUUUGGGGAAAGAUGGCAAUGGAUGAGUACCUGUGGAUGGUCAUUGUGGGUUUUAUCAUUGCUUUUAUUUUAGCUUUUUCUGUCGGUGCGAAUGAUGUUGCAAAUUCUUUCGGAACAGCCGUGGGCUCUGGUGUUGUUACUUUACGCCAGGCUUGCAUUUUGGCUUCAGUUUUUGAAACCACUGGCUCAGUAUUACUGGGAGCAAAAGUAGGAGAAACAAUUCGGAAAGGUAUCAUUGAUGUUAACCUGUACAACAACACUGUCCCACUGCUGAUGGCAGGAGAAGUGAGUGCAAUGGUUGGUUCUGCUGUUUGGCAGCUAAUUGCAUCAUUCUUGAAACUCCCAAUAUCAGGGACCCAUUGCAUUGUAGGUGCUACGAUUGGAUUUUCUCUGGUGGCAAUUGGUACACAGGGUGUCCAGUGGAUGCAGCUUGUCAAGAUUGUUGCCUCUUGGUUUAUUUCCCCACUGUUAUCUGGCUUGAUGUCUGGAAUCCUAUUUGUGCUGAUCAGAUUCUUCAUUUUAAACAAGGAAGACCCUGUGCCCAAUGGCCUUCGCGCACUCCCAGUGUUUUAUGCUGCUACCAUAGCUAUUAAUGUGUUUUCCAUCAUGUACACUGGGGCACCAGUACUGGGACUGAUACUGCCAAUGUGGGCCAUUGCUUUAAUAUCAGUUGGUGUGUCCUUAGUAUUUGCUGUCUUAGUCUGGAUUUUUGUGUGUCCCUGGAUGAAGAGAAAAAUAGAAAGCCGGUUAAAGAAAGAUGCUGCACUGUCAAGGAUAUCAGAUGAAAGUCUUGAUAAAAUUCAGGAUGAAGAAACACCAGUCUUCAAAGAGCUUCCUGGUGCCAAAGCAUCUGAUGAGAGCACUAUUCCCCUUACUGGCUCAGUAACAGAAGCUGCUGGGGCAUCAGAUAAUAUUGCAAAUGGAAACCAUCCACGUGUCCCCUAUGGAAGGGCAUUUUCGGUGACGCACACCUCGGUGAAAUCACCUGUUUCCAAUGGCACCUUCAGCUUCGAUGGCCACGUGAGGAGCGAUGGCCACGUUUACCACACUGUGCACAAGGACUCAGGUUUAUACAAAGACUUGCUCCACAAAAUACACCUGGACAGGGCCAACGAUGAGAGGCCCACUGCAGAAAACAACUACAAACUCUUAAGGCGCAACAACAGCUACACCUGUUACACUGCUGCUAUUUGUGGCAUGCCCGUGCAUUCCUCCUUUAAGGCAGCGGAUACAUCUACUCCAGAAGACAGUGAGAAGUUGGUGGGAGACACUGUUUCCUACUCCAAGAAGCGAGUGCGCUACGACAGCUACUCCAGCUAUUGCAACGCAGUGGCGGAGGCAGAGAUUGAGGCAGAGGAAGGUGGGGUGGAAAUGAAGUUGGCCUCUGAACUCGCGGAUCCUAACCGGCCCCCCGUUGAUCCUGUGGAAGAGGAUAAGGAAGAGAAAGACACCUCUCAGGUCCAUCUACUUUUCCACUUCCUCCAGAUCUUAACAGCCUGCUUUGGAUCCUUUGCCCAUGGAGGCAAUGAUGUCAGCAAUGCCAUCGGUCCCCUCGUCGCACUCUGGCUUAUCUACGAGCAAGGUGCUGUAAUGCAGGAAGCAUCAACUCCCAUCUGGCUGCUGUUCUAUGGAGGUGUUGGGAUCUGUGUGGGCCUCUGGGUCUGGGGAAGAAGAGUUAUCCAGACUAUGGGUAAAGACCUCACUCCAAUCACACCAUCGAGUGGAUUCACUAUUGAGUUGGCUUCGGCGUUCACAGUUGUGGUAGCUUCCAAUGUUGGACUUCCUGUCAGUACUACACACUGCAAGGUUGGCUCCGUGGUGGCCGUCGGCUGGAUCCGCUCCAAGAAAGCCGUCGACUGGCGCCUCUUCCGCAACAUCUUCCUGGCCUGGUUUGUGACUGUGCCGGUGGCCGGCUUGUUCAGCGCCGGCGUGAUGGCACUGCUGAUGUACGGGAUCCUGCCUUACAUUUGAGGAGCUUCCUCUGCUGGGAAAAGGGGAAAUGGCCGAGCUACUACCGAUGGGAGAAGCGUUCCCGUGAAAGAAGCAGUCGGAGAGGAUCCAUCUUCCAUACCUAACUUCUUAUCUACUGUACAUAACAAUGUGUCAUAUUGGUGACAUGGUGAUGUGGUGCCAUUUCUUAUAUAUUAAAGAAAUAUAUAUGCAUAUAGUAGGUAACAAUACCUAAGUUAUAUCAUCAGUGGGGUGAAAAUAAUUGCCUAGAACUUAAUAUUUAGUAAAAUUUGUACAUAGUGUAUCAUUUUGGUGGCUAUUUUUUAAUCUUUUGAAGAAGAGUAUGGAUUAGGAAAUGUUUCUUGUCCAUUUGAUAUAAGAAGAAGCGAGGUACAGGACUGCGUAAUACAUGACUUUUUUAAAGCUAUUAAGAUACUGGAACAAAAUAAAAUGUGCAGAAGUGCUUUUCAUAAAAUAACUUUGUUCAUAUCAUAUUGAUUUUCGUGUAUCAUAGCGUGAUGGUUAUGGCUGUGUAAAUACUUAUGAACAGUAACUUUUAAAUGGUGCAUUUCCCUUAUAUAUUUUGGAUAAGAAAGUUUAGGAAGUACCAAAGAAGCAGGGGAAUAGCUUGCC